AUGGUCGAAAGAUUCCGUAACAAGAAGAAGCACACUACCAAGUCUGUGGAUACAGUUGGAAAGUUGAGAAAGUUAAAAAAACAUUAUCCAGAAUUAACCGGACCAUUUAAACCAACAGCUGGUUUUACUAAACAACCUGAAGUAGUACAAUCAAAUAUUUCUAAUGAAGAGGAAUUGAGGUUACAAAGAGUAUUGGCUGAAAAUCCACUCUCAUAUGAUGCCCGUACAAAACUUAAAAGAGAAACUUCCAAAAGAGAAUUCCGUGAUGAUUUGAGCCGAUUAACUAAACAAGAUGAAGCUAAAUUUCAAUUAUCAUUCACUCCAAAAGCAAUUGAAUCCGAAGUAAAAGCAAAGGAAGAAAAAUAUGCAAAUACAUCAUGUGAAAAAGCUGACAAGAAUAAUCAACAGAGAGAUAUGUUCAGAGUGAAAAAACAUGAAAAGAAACCAGUCACAUUCUCUACAGGAAAUGUUAAAAAGAGAUUGAUUGGACAAGUAGAAGGUGAUCCAUUGAUUGGAUUCUGGCAAGGAACUGAUUUAACCAAGAGAAGAAAGCCAUCUGAACCACAACAAGAUAUUGUUGAACAAGUUAAGAAUGCUGUCUAUAAUCCGACUACUGGUCAAUCAUACAAUCCAACUCUUAAAGAAUAUAAGAAGGCUUUGGAAAUGGCUUCUAAGGGUGAAUCAAAGAUUUUCAAUAGAUUGGAUAAUAUUUUGGAUCAACUUACAAAUAGAGAUGAUGAUGCCGCAAAUAUUUCCAUAAAAUCUAUACGUAUGGAAGACUUUUUAGCUAAAACACCAAUUGAGAAUAAUGAAGAACCAACCGAGGAAAAUAAUGAAACAAAGGAAAAACAAAAGCCAAAAUUCUUGAAAAAGAAAAAGAUUCUUUCACUCACAAAGAGAAAGGGUCUGAGAAAACAUAAGGGUGAUUUGAUUAGAUCCCUCGUUAAAAAGAAGAGAGCUGCUGAAGAAACUGUCAAUGUUACAAAAUUGGGUAAAAAAUUAUUGCGACACAGAAUGGACUAUGAAAAGAGUAUUCCAAAGAUUCAAGAAAGACGUUUGAAGGAGCAUUUGAAAAAGAUCAGAAAAGUUCCAGUUCAAAGAUCUGACGAUGUCAUGAUUAAUGAUGAUAAGGAUAUUGAAGAAGCCUUCCAUACUCAACCAAAAGAUGAAUCUCAAACACUCUCUUCUGUUUCCUCAUUCAGAACAAUGCAAAGUGGUAAUUCACUUUCACUUUGGUCAUCCAUGACAAGAAGAUUCCACGAUACAAAGACUGUUCACAUUCAACCAUAUUCUAAAGGUCACAUGAAAGUUGGCAAUUACACAAUAUAAAAUAUUUAAAUUAUUUAAAAAACUAAAUUGUAAAUUUUAACUUUU